GAAGAGCUGCAUGCGUGUGCCUACCUGACCCGGUGACAGAGGAAGAAAAGAGAGAGUGAGGAUUCCUGAGGACUCAGCCAGUCAAAGUGUUUCCCGUUUCCCCCUAUCGACCAAUCACACUCUUGAACCUAAACCAACAUGGCCUCCCAAGUCACUCUGGAGCUGCCCUUCAGGCCCGACGCCCAUCUGACCGAGGUGAUGCGUCAGCGGGCCCAGUCGCUGCAGCAGCGUGGCGGGAAGAGGCAGGACGGCGAGCGCCUCCUCCGACCACACGAGGCUAUCUACCGCCUGGACUUCUCCCAGCAGGCAUUGCGUUUUGCCCACUGGGGAGUGAGGCUGGUACGCUCAGGCCGCCUCACCGUGACUGCCACCUCACAGCUCUGGACGCCCGACCUCACCCACCUGAUGAACCGCCAACUGCUGGAGCCGGCGGGGGUGUUUUGGCGAGCUGAGAGCGACGGCGAUGACACACCCGUGCACCAGUAUGAGGCAGACGCCCAGGAGUUUGGUGAGCGGAUCGCCGAGAUGGCGAAGGUGCGGAAGACAAUGUACUUCCUGCUGGCAUUUGAGGAGGGUGUUGGUCCGGACACUGUUGAAUGCUCCAUCAGCUUCCAGGUGGACCAGAAGUGAAGACUGUAGGAGGAAAUGGCAGACGGAGGGCAAGGUACUAGGCGGACAUUUUGGUUUUCAUGUUUUCAUGUUUUAUUUAAUUUGACCUCUGGCCUUAUGAGCAAGUACGUUUGCCAUUUCUCUUUUUGUUGCCUUUCUUCAUGUUUUUCCACCUCAACCAGUCCUCGUCGGAGAACAACUUUGUUUUUCGUUUAGAAUUUCAAUCAUUUUCUACAUAUGCUACUUCUUCUUAGAGUUAGAGGUAAAGUUAGGGUCUCAAAAUGACAACCUGUGAACCAAAUCUGGGCGAUGUAAUGUGGCCUGCAGUAGUUGUUAGAAUGCUGUACCACAGGGGACAAAUCGACCGACCGGAGAGACCACAACCACUCACGUCCUCUGGGGUAGAGGAAGGAGAACACCUCAACACCCUCCACUCCCUUGACUCAAUCGCUUCCUUUUUAACACUCUCUUCCAUCUCUUCAUCUUCCUGUCUCAAACAAAACACAAAACCUUUUUGGAUUGAAAUAUGCCCUUUCUACUGUAGGUAGACUUUCUGUAAGGAUUCGGGUAAAACUAGUCUAGUGUAUCAAACGACUGGAGCAUUUCUGAUGUUGAAAUGACUAUUAAAGAUGCAGUAAGUGCUUCACCUGUGAGUGGACUUUUAAUCUUCAAUCAUUUAGAGCCGUACUGUAGCUACAGUCAGUCGAGUCUAGAUAUGUGAUUAUUCAUUACUUGUAAGGUUUGUUUGAUACCAUAACGUGACUAAUUAGAGAAUGACUACUUGUGUGUAAUUGAUGUGCAUUUGAAUAAAUCGGAAC